AUGUCCACCGCUAUGUUCGCCUCCCACUUUUCAGUCUGUAAUAUUCCAUUCGGAAUUGGAAGCAGUGAAGACCAUCCCCGCCCGUCUGCAGUUACCCGACUGGAAAAUACGGUGAUAUACCUCGAUGAACUCGCAAAACAUGAUCUCCUGUCUUCUUUGCCAAACGAAGCACUUCAUGCCUUCUCUCAGGUUGUUCUCAACGACUUUGCCGCACUUCCUAGAUCUAUCCACCAACAAGCUAGAGCAGCACUCCAGACCCUAUUCAAAGAACCUCUUACAUCUUUCCCAGCUGGAUCUACAGCCGAACUUAAGGAUGUUACCAUGCAUCUCCCCGUCUCGAGCCGCGACUUUACGGAUUUCUCGUGUUCAAAGGACCAUGUACUUAAUGCUGGCGAAGCAAUACUGAAGAAACGCUAUCUCCCACCCGCGUUUCUGCAUUUCCCAAUAGGUUAUUCUGGGCGAACUUCUUCGAUAAUUGUUUCGGGGACAUCAUUUGUCAGGCCUAAAGGACAAUUCCGCGAUGGUCAAGGCGGCAUAAAAUAUCGACCAACAGAGCAGCUCGAUUACGAGUUGGAGUUAGCCUGUAUCGUCGGUAAGCCCACCAAGUUGGGUGAAACUGUUACAAGCAAGGACGCCGAUGACCACAUAUUUGGAUAUGUCCUCAUGAAUGACUGGAGUGCGCGAGAUAUCCAAGGUUUGGAAAUGACCCCAUUAGGUCCACUCAACGGGAAGAGCUUCGCCACAUCGAUGUCACCCUGGAUAAUCACCUUGGAUGCACUACAAGCCUCGGCAAUCAUAGGCCAGCCACGCGAGUUGGAGGUUGCAUCAUAUCUCGUGGAUCCCAAUCCCAUUAACAGCUACGACAUAGCCCUGCAGGCUGAUAUUAUAACUAGUGGCACAUCGACCACUAUCUGUAAGAGCAAUCUCAAUGCUAUGUAUUGGACUUUCCGAGAUUUAGUCGUGCAUCAGAGCAGCAAUGGAUGCUGCCUGAACACCGGCGACAUCUUAGGUACGGGUACAAUAUCGGGCUCGACAGAUGAGAGCCACGGAUGCCUACUAGAACUUACCAAGGGUGGACAAGACAGCUUUGAAAUUGGUGAUGGAAAGUCAAGGGUUUACAUUGAGGAUGGUGAUGAAAUACGGAUAUCCGCAUUGGCAUCAAAUGGCGACCAAAAGUAUUUGAGCGAGUCCCGUAUACAAGAAAUACUGGUUGGAAGUUUGGUUCCUUUCACAAUUGCGUCCGUGACUGUCGUUGCUCGUUUCUUCACUCGAAUAUUUCUGACCCGCAAUUGGGGCACAGAUGAUUCAUGGAUUGCAGUCGCUUGGAUCUUUGAGACUAUUCUCAUAUUCCUGAACUGUCUUCUCACGAGGUACGGCGCGGGGCGCCAUCAAGAUACCAUAACCGAGGAGCAAUAUCAGAAAACACUGUUACUAGGCUUUUUCACUCGUCUCAUCUACCUGCUUGUGCUAGGUAUUACCAAGAUUGCUAUCUGUGCGUUGUUUUUACGGAUCUUCAGAAGCCACAAGAGAGGCCGAUAUGCAGUAUAUGGUUUCAUGGCUUUUGUUGGUUCCUACACAACUUCAGUGAUGUUUACAAGCAUCUUUCAGUGUCGCCCCAUUAGCAAAGCCUGGCAGGUCAAGAGUUUGGGACAGUGUAGCAAUUAUCUUAUCACGCUUUGGGUAACUGCAAUCUGUAAUAUCUUGUGCGAUGUCGUGCUCUUGCUCUUCAUUAUUCCUCACAUCAUGUCACUAAAAAUUGACCGUGGCCAAAAGGCUGCGCUCCUGGCAAUUGUGUCCCUCGCCUCUCUUGUUAUCGUAGCUGCAAUUCAGUGA